CUGUACAGUGUACAGGGAUUUAUAGGCAGAGAUAGUUGCGUAAUAUGAACGCAGCUGAGAAGCAGUUGAUUUUCCGAUCAGAAAAUCUGAAUCAUGUCGUGGCAAGCGUACGUGGAUGAUCACCUGCUGUGUGAAAUCGAAGGUAACCACCUCACUCACGCCGCUAUUAUCGGCCACGACGGCAGCGUUUGGGCUCAGAGCGCCAACUUCCCUCAGUUCAAAGCUGAGGAAAUAACUGCUAUCAUGAAUGACUUUAACGAGCCUGGAUCACUUGCUCCAACUGGAUUGUUUCUCGCUGCCACCAAAUACAUGGUCAUCCAGGGCGAGCCUGGUGCCGUCAUUCGAGGCAAGAAGGGUCCUGGUGGUGUUACUGUGAAGAAGACCGGUGCGGCCUUGAUCAUUGGCAUUUAUGACGAACCAAUGGCUCCGGGUCAGUGCAACAUGGUAGUGGAAAGGCUUGGUGAUUAUCUCGUUGAACAGGGUCUCUAAUCCUCUAUUUAUGUCUUGCUAUCGUGCAUAUUUCAUUGGCUUCUGUACAAGUUUUUGCAUCGACCUCGACUGUAAUGCUUUGAUUGCAGUGUAAUAAUAUUGUUGGGUGGGUAUCAAAAGUCACGGCAUGUGCGUGUUGCCAAGAAAAAGUGUUUUGGUGCUUGAGAAAUUAUGACUAUAACUCUCUAUCGUUGUACUUUUCUUUGCGGGGUCCCUGUAUACAUUAGUGAUUUAAAAUUUUAAUGUUAUGGUAUUAUGUUUCUCACAUUUAUCAGAAUUCUUCAGAUUCUUAUCUA